AUGGGUUAUAACCUGAGCCUGCAGAUUGGGGAUAGGGAUAUCUGGCUAUGGGUUGUAGUUGACUGGCGUAAGACAUCAUCGGUUGUGGUGGUGUAUCCCAGAUCGGGAUAUGAGAUGGGUGUGGAUCUGGCUGGGACGGAACGGUGCUCUAGGGCAUCCAGUACACAGCUCGCGGGCCAAGGACUGGUUGAGGCGGGUUCCCGCCAGACCUCGCCUGGGCGAAAAGGGCCUGCAGGUCGUGCAGCGACAUUGAGUUGGUGGGAUUUCCGGUCAUGGUUCAAUUGA